AGUUUUGAUUGGAAGAGAAAAAAGAGAGAGAGAGAGAGAGAGAGGAAAUACUGGCGCAUAUUCAUCUUGGUGAAGUAAUUUUCCGUAUGCUCGAGUUCGUUGGAGAGGAGAAUUGAGAUAGAGAGAGAGGGAGAGAGAGAUGGAGUUUAGGAAUCCACAAGCUGCUCAAAAUAGUAGAGUCAAUAUCAUCUACAAAGGAACGGUAGACUCUUUUGUCAGCCACCUCUUCGCCGCAUUACGCCGGGAAGGCAUCUCUGUGUUCAUGGAUCGAGACGGACACAAGAACAGUUGGACCUCCAAUGAUGAGAAUCAUGCAAUUUCUGUGGUGGUCAUUUCCAAUAUAGUGGAGGCAAACGAUCCUUGGAGUCAUAUGUUCAUAGAGGUCAUCAAGCCUCGGAGGGACAACGGGAUCCGCAUUAUGGUUCCCUACUACGGCUUCGAUUCAUUUAACCUAGCUUGGGGCAAGAGGAGGUCGGAGGCCGGAAUCUUAACAAUUCACAAAUCAAGGAUAUCAAGCAAUAAGAUACUCACGGACUCCGAACUAGUGGAAGAGAUCGUCACAGAUGUUUAUGGGAAGCUGUAUCCUGCAGAAAGAGUUGGAAUUUACUCGAAGCUACUAGAGAUUGAAAACUUGAUUUACAAGCAACCGUACGAUGUCCGAAGCAUAGGAAUUUGGGGUAUACCUGGCAUAGGCAAGACAACGCUUGCUAAAGCAGUCUUUAACCACAUGUCCACUGAUUAUGAUGCUUCUUGUUUCAUCGAAAACUUUGAUGAAGCGUUUCGUAAAGAUGGACUUCAUCGUUUGCUUGAACAAAAACUUGGUUUGAACGAGCAAGAGGCUCUCCAGUUAUUCUCCCAAAACGCCUUUGGAAACGACGUGCCUGAGCAAGAUGACAAAGAACUAUCAAAGAAGGUGAUUGACUAUGCUAAUGGAAACCCGUUAGCUCUCAGCAUUUAUGGACAAGAGCUGAAGGGGAAGAAGUCAGAAAUGGAGGCCACAUUCCUCGGGCUCAAGAAAUGUCCUCCCCAAAAGAUACAGGAUGUGCUAAAGAAAGUAUAUAGUGCACUUGAUGACAACGAGAAGAACAUUGUUUUGGACAUUGCUUUUUUCUUCAAGGGAGAAAAUGUCAACUAUGUGGUGAAAUUCCUUGAAGGUUGUCGUUACCUUCCACGCAUUGGAAUAGAUGUUCUUGUGGACAAGUGUGUGUUAACUAUAUCAGAAAACACAGUGCAAAUGAAUAAUUUGUUCCAAGACAUCUGUCAAAUCAUUUUUAGUAGAGAAACUGAGAGCUCCACAAGAAUGUUUGAACCUAAUAGUAUCAGAUAUCUACUAGAAGAUGAUGACCUUAAAGCAAGUGGAGAAUCCAGUGCAUCGCCUAAAUAUGGCUUGGUCGUUGAAGACAUAGAAAGCAUAAUUCUCGACACAUCAAACUUGAAAUUCGAUGUUAAACAUGACGCCUUCAAGAAUAUGUUUAAUCUCAGAUUCCUCAAGAUAUACAGUUCUUGCUCUAAAGAUGUUCAUGGACUCAACUUUCCCAAGGGACUCGAUUCUCUGCCUUGUGGGCUGAGACUCCUCCACUGGGAGAACUAUCCUUUGCAAUCCUUGCCUCAAGAUCUUGACCUUGACAACCUUGUUGAACUUAGUAUGCCGUACAGUCAGCUUCAGACACUUGGGGCAGGAACGAAGAACCUUAAGAUGUUGAAGAAGAUAAGGCUUUGUCAUUCCCAACAGCUAGUUGAAUUUGAGAUACCUUUCAAAGCUCAAAAUAUCGAGAUAAUUGAUCUACAAGGUUGUAAAAGAUUGCAGAACUUCCCAGUUACAAGUCAAUUGCAACAUCUUCGAGUUGUAAAUCUCUCAGGUUGCACAGAGAUCAUAGGUUUCCAAGGAGCUCCACCAAAUAUUGAGGAACUACAUCUACAAGGAACGAGUAUAAGGGAAAUACCAAUAUCCAUUGUGAGUCACUCCCCUCAAAAAGUUAAGUUGGACCGCCAAAAACUUUUGAAUCUUCUAGAAAACUUUCAAGAUGUUGAGCAUAUCGACUUGGAGAGUGUAACCGACCUGGUAAAAGUAAGCUCAAAUAAUCAAGGUUUUGGCAAGCUUGUCCACUUGAACAUGAGAGAUUGUUCUCAUUUGACAAGUCUUCCUGACAUGGUCAAUUUAGAAUCUCUCCAAGUCCUACAUCUGUCCGGUUGCUCAGAGCUUAAGGAAAUUAAGGGUUUCCCAAGAAAUAUAAGAAAGUUAUAUCUCGGUGGAACCGCCAUAGUAGAAGUGCCACAACUUCCGAAAAAUCUAGAAUUCUUGAAUGCUCAUGGUUGUGCGUAUUUAAAGUCUGUUUGUUUGGACUUUGAGCAGCUUCCAAGACACUACACCUUUAGUAAUUGUUUCAAUUUUUCUUCACAAGUGAUCUCUGAGUUCUUAGAGAAAGGUCUGACUAGAAUAUCAAGUUUAGCAAGAGCACACCAACAGGAAGUCAUCAAAGCACCUGAAGUCAUCAUCUGUAUUCCUGCAGACGCACGUCAGAGAUCCUCCUUUCUCUUGCAAGAAGGUUCAAAUGUAAGGACAAACUUAUCUCAUUCGACACGAAAAGCUCUCUCAGGAUUUGCUAUGUCAGUUGCGGUAUCAUUUCAGGAUGAUUACCACAACACCGUAGGUCUUGGCAUUAGGUGCAUAUGCACAUGGAAAGGCAUGUUCGACUCCGUUGAUAAAAUAGAGAGAAUAUAUCAGUGUUGGGCUCCGAGGGAAGCUCCAAAAGUUGAAUGGGAUCACAUAUUUAUCUUCUAUGAUACACAAAUGCAUCCCAGUUGUAGUGAAGUCGACUUUAUUUUCCACACAGUGAGUUGGGAAAACGAGCUUCUAGGUGAUAAUUGCAGGGUGAUCCAAUGUGAUGUCCAAGUUAUUACAGCUGCAACAGACCAUGAUACAAGUCUUAGAGGAAUUACAAGAGAAAGUGAAGAAGCUACAAGUAUUAUUGAGGAGCAUCCUCCAUCUUCUUCCAGAGUGGUAGAGCCACAAAGUCGUUUGCUUUCAUCCAACGAGUCGUCACGUAAGGUUUCUAGAGCAAGUAGUAAGUUAAGCUCUAAAGGAACUUUGCUUUGGAAGUGGGUAGGGCCGUUGGUGAGGAAAAUUAGAAGAAACAAAAAGAAAACGCUAAGAGAUCGUCAAGAAAACGAUCCCAAUAUGUCCACUAAUUGAAGAAGAAAACGUUGUAAAAAACUUUUUGGCAUGUCUCCAAUGGGAGUUUAAAAGUUUAAACUGUAAAUAUACUAGAUUAUCAUUU